UUUAUUUUUUAAAGGGUAUAAGCGGUAGAUGAAAAAUUGGGCACUUCUUUUGAAUUACCAAAACAACUAAAAUUUCGGAUUAAAAUCCGGGUGCUACGCACUGAUUAUAAGAGAGGAGAUAAAAUCUAUUUCAUAUAGAGAAGAGGUUGAUAAGAUGGACGACAGUUUGGAGUUCACAGAUGAUGAGAUACGAGAGGAGCUUGGAAAAUUGGGGUACCAAAAUGUACCUGAUUCAAGACUUGAUGAGUUCAAAAAAGAUCUUGGAAGGUUGAUUCGACACGAGAGAAGUAAACAGAGUUCACAGAACACUAGUCUUUCCUCACAUCUUCACACAGACUCUUCUGUCAAUGAUCCUAGAAUAAGAGUACCAGAGCCACGAACAAGAAUACCACUGGAAGAAUCACCGGUAGAGCGACAAGUACCUAGUCUAGCAGAGGAUAGAAGACAGUAUUCACAGUGGAGAAGUGGUAAGGAGAACAGAGAAUAUCCGGUUAGAUCUGGUUCACCACAAGAGGUUCACCACAUUCCCCGUCGACCGGACGCCGACUUCAGUCUGUAUGAGAACGAUGCAGAUCAGUCACAGCUCUCACAGAGAGAUGAUGUAUCUGAGGCAGAUUCUGAGAGGAGAAUGAUGAAAAGAAAAGUGCUCAGGAAAGAAAAAGAUGGCUCAAAGAGAAUAGAUGAAUCAAUGUCAGAAAGCGAUUUCAGUAGUCUAAUGGAUAUAAAUGAACGUUUACGAGAGCUCGGCAUAGCUGAUAGAGUUGAAUUGUUUGAUAGAAAACGUCCACAGUCUGCACAAACACAGCCUCCAUACAGACUAGCUCCAGAUGAUCCACGACCUGCAUCAGUUAUACUAAGAAGACCAGAGCAUCCUCACACAAGGAAUAUUAAGAAAUCUGACCCUGUGGCGAGAUAUCAACAGUUCCGACAGAGUUGGCAGGUUCAAAGAGCUCCAGGGGAGAAAAAUCAUAAAAACUUGCGCUGGAAUGUUCGAGAACAAAUGCUGGCUCAAGAUAUAGUUUAUGAAAAGAAACACCACAGAGUAUUUGUACCAAACAAAUACAAGAUCCCGUCAGACAAGAAGCGUCAAGAUUUACGAUGGCAGAUACGUAUGGAUAUGGCACAGGGACAGUUACCUCAUCAUGGCUUCUAUCAAGAAUACUGAAACUGUUCAUGUCAUAUUUCAUCAUCAAGUUAUCGUGAUAUUCGUGUUUAUAGUAGGCAGUAAACACUGGCAGAUCUGUGAUAGACAAUAAAGAAUACUUGCAUGGAUACUAAAUGGAAGGAGAGAACCUCAUCUAGUUUUGUGCUUUUUAUGCACAAAUUGUGCUGUAACUGUGCAGCUAUGCUUUAAAGCUUUGCAGUGUUGAAAUGUCUUUAAAGGGAAAGGCAUCCCUGUAUUAAUGUUCAUUAAAUAUCCUAGGUCUUCUUCAGUCAUUAAAGACAGUGAAAGAAUUUUAAAAAUUGGCUGAAAAAUGAGAAAGUUAUGAACAAAUCAGUAUUUGAUAGAGGAGUUGCACCUAGUUUUUAUAGUAAAUUAAAACAAAAUGGCAGAUAUAAUUUAUUUUUAGAUAGUUAUUUGAACUGUAUUCUCCAUGGUUAGCAAUUUUCUUAAAGUUCAGACUGCCUUAUCUUUUUCAAAAGUGAUCCAAUUUUAAAAAUAAGUCCAGCUUUAUGAAUGACUGAACGAUAGCUUUUAUAUGAAAUCAGAUGAUGUUUAGGUAUUCCUUCCCCUCUGAUGUAAGAACAGACAUUUGAUGAAAUGUUAUUGGCUAAAACCUGAUCUGGUUAACGUCGUUUUAGUUUUAAAAUUUGGAAGUAUGUAAAUCUAUACAGUUUAAGAAAGGUCUUUUUAAUCUCCAAAUGAAUAAAAUAAAAAUGAUAAAGGUCACCAAAGGUAAUAAAAUGUUUUAGCCAUCAUCAGUUUUUGAACAAGGUUUACAACUUUCGGUAAUCCUCUAUACCCAGAAGUUUAACUACAUUUUAUAAACUGUUCUAUGCUUUAGGGAACCAUGUCAUAUAAUUGAGAUAUCUGUUUUCCAGUUAAUAUAUUCCUUUAUACCCCCUACCUAUAUACAAUAUAUAUGCAAUUAAAACAGAUCAGUUUUGUUGAAUAUGUGAAACAGUUCCCUUAGCCAGGGAACAGUGUAUAAGAUGCAUUAAUUUAAAAUUUUUUUUUUUUUUUUUUUUUUUUAAAAACUAACUUUUGGGUAUAGGGGUUUACCCUUGACUGUAAGUUGUACUCAAAAAUGAAUAACAGAUAAGACAUUUUAUUACCUUUAGAGACCUAUAUCAUAUUGAAGUUAACAUUGUGAUUAAUUUUGUUAUUCAAAAGACCUUUCUAAAAAUGUAUAGGAUUAUAUUUUUUCUAAUUAAUAAAACAUGUCAAGUUAUUAGCAAAUAAGAUUUUCAUGAAUAGCAGUCAUUGCCAUAAGACUCAAUAAAUGCAUAUUGAUGUUAACUUAAUAAUGUCCAUCUUAAUCGUUGCUGCAUUGAAUGGUAGAAAUAUUGUCAGUUAGAAGAUUAUGGACAAAGUAAGUUAAUGAUAUGAGCCGUGUCAUGGGAAAACCAACAUAGUGGCUUUGCGACCAGCAUGGAUCCAGACCAGCCUGCGCAUCCGCGCAGUCUGGUCAGGAUCCAUGCUGUUCGCUAACAGUUUCUCUAAUUGCAAUAGGCUUUGAAAGCGAACAGCAUGGAUCCUGACCAGACUGCGCGGAUGCGCAGGCUGGUCUGGAUCCAUGCUGGUCGCAAACCUACUAUGUUGGUUUUGUCAUGGCACGGCUCAUAUGUAUAAUAUACAGUCUGCUUAGUAUAGUUAUUUUCUAGUGGAGACUAGUGUAGGGAUUUCAUGCUGUAAAAUAUAAGGCAAGAAAAAUGCUGAAAACUAAAUAUAGAUUUUUGUUAAAAUUAAUAUAUUUGUAGAUAAGGUUAUUUAUGUUUUUUUGUAAGUACUGCCAGUAAAGAUGUUUUUCUUUGCCAAAGAUGUUUUUCUUAGCCUUACUUUCUGCUUCAUAGACUAAUAUUGUCAUGAAGAACAUGCAUUUCUAUUCAUUCACAUUUCAUUAAUUUUUAUCAGUGGAGUAAUUGCUGGCGCUAAAAUCAUUUAGGAUGAAUUAUUUCUACAUAAGAUAGUGAGAAUCUCGGUUGUAAACUGUAGAUUGGAUAAUAUUUGCAUCACUAUGUAUCAGUCAAGAGGUUCAGGAUUCAAAUCACUGUACAGGCAUUGAAAAUUUCUGUGAUACUCUUGGGUAUCUCCCAUGUAACUAAGAGACUGGUACUGGUUCUUCCCAGAGAGGGCUUUAUGUGGUCACUCCUACACACCAGGCACUCUGAAGAACAUGACUGUA